AUGUCCACUACACCAGGAUCGUUGCAAUCCAACCUUAACCAAUUUCUCCGGCAAUACAGGAAGGCUCCGCAUUCAACAACGGGUCAGUCACCUGCGCAGUUAUUCCUUGGUCGUAACAUACGUACCAGAAUUGAUUUAGUGCGACCAGACGAUAUACAUACGAAAAUCUCGGAAAAACAACAAGUCAUAUUAAAUUCCUCAUUUCGAGAAUUUCAACCUAAACAAACAGUAAUGUUCUUAUCAAGUAACCCGCAUAUGGACAAAUGGGUUAAAGGCAAAAUCAUCGCACGUCUAGGUGAUUUGCAUUACGAGAUAGACUAUAAAGGCAACCACUAUAGGAGACACGUAGAUCACAUCCGAGCUUAUACUGAAGAAGAGGAUAAGGAUCAGUCCGAUAACGCUAAACCACUGAGGCAGGAUGAGCCCCGUCGAGUUCACUUUUACGAUAAACAAGUUUCUAUUAUUCCACAGGCUAAGUUGCAGGGAUCAUCAAUAUCGCCAAGGCCGCCUACGCCACAGAGACCAUCUACUCCAAUGGAGCAAUAUUGGACUCCACCGAUGACACCGUCUCCGCCCAGGUCUCCACCAAGGUCGCCGCCACGCCAAAUGCGAUCACCUCUAAUUCCACGACGAUCUACAAGACCCCAUCGUCCUCCUCAACGCUAUGCACCAAGCUAA